GGCGCCCUUGGCCGACUCCGUCCCCACGCUCAGCAGCAGAGCAAGAGCAGAGCCGAGCAGAGCGAGCGGCUGCUGCUGCUGCGAGGAGGAGCAGAGCCGAGCAGAGCCCCUUCUCCAUCCACCUGCCUCCCAGCCCACCUUCCCUGGCCGCGCCCAGCCAUGUCCAAGCACCCCUCCGCCUACGGCAAGAACGGGAUGGCAGACCCCAUGUUCCAGGGCAGCCGAGGCACAGCCACCCGCCGCAGCCGUUUGAAGCGAUCCGAUGGCAGCACCACCUCCACCAGCUUCAUCCUCCGGCAGGGAUCAGCAGAUUCGUACACAAGCAGACCAUCAGAUUCUGAUGUCUCUCUGGAGGAGGACAGGGAAGCAAUCCGCCAGGAAAGAGAACAGCAAGCGGCUAUCCAGCUUGAAAGAGCAAAGUCAAAACCUGUAGCAUUUGCUGUGAAGACUAAUGUCAGCUACUGUGGAGCGCUGGAUGAAGAUGUUCCUGUGCCUAGCACUGCUAUCUCUUUUGAUGCUAAGGAUUUUCUACACAUUAAAGAGAAAUAUAACAAUGACUGGUGGAUAGGAAGAUUAGUUAAAGAAGGCUGUGAGAUUGGCUUCAUCCCAAGCCCACUGAGGUUGGAGAAUAUUCGUAUUCAACAGGAGCAGAAGAGAGGGCGUUUCCAUGGCGGGAAAUCAAGUGGGAAUUCCUCUUCAAGCCUCGGAGAAAUGGUGUCUGGUACAUUUCGAGCUACUCCCACUUCCACUGCCAAGCAGAAACAGAAAGUGACAGAGCAUGUGCCUCCCUAUGACGUAGUACCAUCCAUGCGGCCUGUUGUGCUGGUUGGCCCCUCAUUAAAAGGUUAUGAGGUGACAGACAUGAUGCAGAAAGCCCUGUUUGACUUCCUGAAGCACAGGUUUGAUGGGAGGAUAUCAAUAACUAGAGUGACAGCUGACAUUUCCCUUGCUAAGAGGUCUGUUCUAAAUAAUCCAAGCAAGAGGGCAAUAAUUGAGCGGUCGAAUACCCGGUCCAGUUUAGCGGAAGUGCAGAGUGAAAUAGAACGAAUUUUUGAAUUGGCACGAUCUUUACAACUGGUUGUUCUAGAUGCGGAUACUAUCAACCACCCAGCACAACUUAUUAAGACAUCCUUAGCUCCUAUUAUCGUCCAUGUUAAAGUGUCAUCUCCAAAGGUCUUGCAGCGACUGAUCAAGUCAAGAGGAAAGUCACAAAGCAAACACUUAAAUGUCCAGUUGGUUGCAGCAGAUAAACUUGCGCAAUGUCCACCAGAAAUGUUUGAUGUUAUUCUGGAUGAAAAUCAGCUUGAAGAUGCUUGUGAACACUUGGCGGAAUACCUUGAGGCUUACUGGCGUGCCACGCACACUACCAGUAGCACACCCAUGACACCUUUGCUUGGACGAAACCUAGGCUCCACUGCACUAUCCCCUUACCCUACAGCAAUCUCUGGAUUACAGAGCCAACGUACGAGGCAUAGCAACCAUUCUACCGAGAACUCUCCAAUUGAACGACGAAGUCUCAUGACCUCUGACGAAAACUACCACAAUGAAAGGGCUCGGAAGAGCAGGAACCGCUUGUCUUCCAGUUCCCAACACAGCCGAGAUCACUACCCACUUGUGGAAGAAGAGUACUCUGACUCAUACCAGGACUCCUACAAGCCCCAUAGAAACCGAGGGUCCCCCGGAGGAUAUAGCCAUGAUGCCCGACAUAGGCUUUGAAUACAAGAACCUGGGGUGGGUGGGAUGGUACUCAUUAGUUGCCAACUUGCCAUAACAUAGCUAGGCCAAACAAAUCAUCUUGUUUUGGCAGGUGUAGCAUGGUUUUACUGUGCUUACAGGCUGCUGCCAUUUAAAGCUACAAACGGGGCAAAAACAUAUAAAGCCUGCCCUUUAUGUUUAGGAAGAAAUGAGUUUCCCUGGUCAUGUAGGUGUGUUUUCUUUCCAGAGUAGAGUUUAAUUUUCAAGCAGUCUCUUUUCUCUUCAUUAGGUAUUAUUAGACACAUCAAUUUGUAACUUAGGAUACCUGUUGAGACGUAUAUAACAUGAUUUCCUGCACUGGAAAUUCCAAAUGACCAGUUCCAGUUGGAACCGAUUUAUAAACCAAUUCCUGUUGGAAUUUGGGAGAAAUUGACUGGAAAGUCAACCUGAGCAUGUUGCAGUCAGUUAAAAAAAUUAAAAUGAAGAAUAAGAAAAUUACAAAACCACUAUAAGCAAAAAAGUAAAUAAAAAUAAAAUAAAAGCUAGAGUAUUUGUUUACCAGGAGGUGAAUUUAUAUAUAGAUACAGAGAUGGUUAGAAUAAAUAAUUUUAAUGUAUUUAUUUCAGACUAACCAAAUGUAAGCAGUCAAUCGUGCCAAAAAUGAAUGAAUGGAACAGUUAGAAGACUUUCUGGUUUAGAUAUAAUGAGGGAUUGUUGUUUUUCUCCCAGCAUAUAUGUUGCAGCAAAAUUGUAUUGUGUUAAUAGUUUUUGCAUUUGCUAAUGAAAACAUAAAGCUACUUCAGCAACUUUAAAUAAACUAGGAGCAGAGACAGACCUGAUAUCUUAACAUGUGGUGGAAGUGAACUUACCUUCUUUGCCCUGAAUACACCCCUGUUGAGUCCUGUUCACCUCUGAACAUGUGAAAAGUGCAAAUGGGAUCGUACCCGCUGGCUCUGCUCCCCAACUUUAAUUUUUCCAAAAGAAGAUGGAUGGGCAAAUAGGUACCCACCACUCCUGAGGUUGUCACAGCGCAACUGUCUUACCUCUCCCAACAUUGGAUGCACAGACUCCCAAAUUCCUGGAGAGUCAGAGUUGCCUAGCUCUGCUGCAUGUGCAUACAACUUUGUGCAUGAAGGUUCUUCUCUGGUCUCCAAGUCCCUGAUUUGCAUGUACAGUUGUACAUGUAUCGAGCCCUUUUUAUACUUUCUCUUGGAUAUGCAGGCACUAGAGAAUAGUGGCAGGCAGCAUAAACUCUUUUACGCGCCAUGCAUUUGUGAAUAGUUUUUGAAGAUGCUUGUUUAUGGGUUUUGCCUUAGCAGGACCAUUUCACUUCAGUUAGAUUGACAAAAGAUUGAGAAUCAGAUUGUUCUUUCUUUGGCUAACAAUGCUGCACUUUAUGAAUCCUCUACAUCAGGCACAACUUUCAUGCUCAUCUUAAAUUUCUAAGUUGUCAAAAGAGCAAUUGGCGUUGCACUCAUGAAAGAGUGGUUUAGGAAGAGAGACGUGUUCCUAUUAGGGCUUCAACCUGUGCAUUAAUAUCUCCAGAAAACGUAUUGUAUAAUCAUCAUUCCAACCAAAGAGUUAAGAAAUGAUCACUCUGUAAUUUCUCAAAGACAGUGGCAGCAUGAUUGUGUCUAAGAAAAAAAAUGCACUGCUUGGUAGACUUGGCAAGAGGAUAUUAUAGCCAACUUAGGUACAACAGAAAAGGUCUUUUAGCACGUUUGCCCACCCAAGUCUGAGUGCUUUUUCUUCCAUGCAGUUUCUACAGCAUGAUCAACCAUUCUCUAUUAUGCUAUACAAUAAGAUGUUUUCUUUCCUAGUCUGACUGCAUUGCUACUCUCACACAGCUGAAAUAUUUGAUGCAUUCCAUCCAAAAUAUUAAGCCUACGGGAUAUGCAUUAUGGUCUGCUGCUCUGAUCUAGAUGCAUAUAUAUGGAUGGCCUGCUUGUGUGGGGAACCUCUCUUACUUCUUUGUGUGAAUAGGAAUGCCUUCUCCACAUGAAUGAAUGGGGAAACCUACCUAGGUCAGGUGCUCCAUAGCUGCACCCCUAUGCAUACUUCAGAGCUACUUGGCUGGCAAAGGACUGCCAAUCAAUGUGUAUCUGAACAUCUUAGAAUCACAUUGCAUGCUGUCAUAUUUUUUAAUAUGGCAAGGAUAAUGUUUGAUUUCUAAGAUACUUUUAAAAUGAUUAAAUAAUAGCAGCUUAUUCACUUUUAAGAAAGGCUUUGAUUUUGAGUACUGGAACGGUGGCAAACCUCAGUAUGAUCCUAUUUUCAUACAAGUGAGGGCUUUUUGAAAGUUGUUCAACCCUUUGUUUAGAGAAAAGGAAACGGUUAGUGCAGUGCUGGAAAGCAUAGAGGCACAAGAUUAGUAAAAGGUUUAUGAAGUAACAGGCAUUACUACAGGAGAUAUAUACAAGAUAUCUAUAGCAAGAAGGGCUGUAUGAACAAACCGGUCAAUGCUGGGCAAUUUUAUUUUGGUACGAAGUUAUUUUUGUUGGACUAAGCUGAAACCAUUUUAAGAACUUUCUUUCCUACUAGGGAUAACUCUUCGGGGAUAAGUGAAAAUGAAAUCAUAUACUUGCUAGAUGUUAUAUUUGUAGGUUUUUGAGUGGAAUGUUUUUCAAAUUUUCAUUCUAAAAAUUGGAGACUUGAGGUAUAUUAAAAAAUAUUGAAAUAUUCCAAGGUCACUGAAAAAUCUGAAAAUUGGCAUAUACACACACAACUGGACACAUUGAUUAGUAGAAAAGUAUCAAAGGGAUACAUUUACACAUCUCUCUUGAUCAAUAAGGGAAACUACCAUAUAUGCUCAUGUAAAGAUUGACCACGUGUAAGUCGAGGGCAGGUUUGGAGAUAGAAAUUAUGGAUUUUGGUACAACUGAAUAAGCUAAAGUUCAUUCUGCAAAGAGGAGAAAGCACUAAGGCCAUCUCAGUGGGGAGCAGUUGCUGUUGCCAUUUCCCUGCCCAGGUAUAGAAAAGAACCAGAAGUGGCACCACGAUGGAGACAGUAGCGUGGUGGUGGUGGUGGUGGUGGAGACAGUACUUCUUUUAGCUUUUUGGAGGGUGGGCCAAGCUCUUGCUUUUUGGCACUCAGAGAAGGGGGUGGUUCCUUUUUGAUUAGAGUUAAGAUACAAUAUUUAUAUUGAUCUAUGGAUAAGUUUAUCUAGGUAUUUGUGGUUGAUUUUUUGACUAAAAUUUCUAGAUUUGUACAUGAAUAUAUAGGGCAAGUGUGCACUUCCAAAUCUUAAAUAUACUUUCAGGUCUCAAAAGUGAUGUAGCCCAAAGUGCUUCGAUGACUCACGAGGGUAUUUAUAUUAUAAAUCAUAAAAACCUGGGCCAUGAAGUCCACCUCAGCAGAGGACUCCAGUUUAUCUCAGAGUAAGCCAAACUAAUCAUGAUGUAGCAUUUUGUAUGGAAGCUCUUUUAGUCCUUGAGACCUGUGGUGUAUCCGUACUGCAUUGUUACAACAGCUUGAUAUUAACUACUACCUGUCCCUCUUACAGGGAUUUGUAGUUUGUUGCUAGAGUGGCUCUGCUCCAUUCCCCUGAACUAUUGCAGAAGCUCCCUAGUAAAGAGAAUUCGAGGUACUUCACCAAAUGACAUGAUUGUGUAGAAAUUGAAAUAUCAAUGUAAGUUAAAGUGUGUAGUUAAAGAUUUGACUAAGGAAACAUUUUUAAGACCCAGCAAAAAAUAUGUAUACAAACUAAAUAUUCGCUAGAAUGCAAGUUUCAUUUACGCACAUGUAUAAUGUUUAAAGCUGCUUGAGCCUGACAUAUAGACACUAGGCUUUUAAAAUUGUUAGUGUUGUUCCAUAUGAUUUAGACUACUAUUACUAUAGGUGAUCACUCGUGGCCAAGUAUGAUUGCCUUCCAAGGGCAAAGUCUUGGAAUUGGGUCCGUGAAUGAUUGUAGAGACCUAUUCUGGAUCCGCAUGGUCUUUCACAGUGAGGACAUACAUUUCCAGAGGGAAGGCGGUCCUGACAAGGGUUUGCUUGAUGCACCUUCUCUUGACACAUUUCCCCCUUUUGCCCUCUGUUUGUGCCUCCUCAGAAUCCACGGCACCAUUGGUAACAGCUGACCUCCAGUUACAACAUUCAAGUGCCUGGGCUUCCCAGUUCUUGGUGUUCGUACCACAUUUUUUUAAGGUUACCUUUAAGCCCAUCUGUAAAUUUAUUUUGUUGUUCACCAACAUUCCUCUUGAGAUUUGAAGCACACAUUAUCCAAACCAUGCUGUCUAAAAGCAAAAUCUGAAAACAGUACAUUGUAAUGUCUGACUAUUAAACUCAGGGCAUGAAUCUUACCUCAUAAUGGAGGGCAGUAUCCCUGCACAAACCCACAUUUGGGGGACAAAGGUGGAUCCCAAGUUUAAUUGCCCUCAAUAUAUUUUGUAGCAGUCUUGGGAAUGGGGCUAGGAGUGGGUUUUCACCAGCAGCCAGGAAAGGUGGGACUGGACGUAAGAAAGUUUGGAAUAUGUUUUGAGCAAUUUCAGUUUAGUCCAGGAAACCUGAUUCUGAGCAUGUUAACUUUUCACUGUUUUUUCCUUCUUUGAAAGGUUUGCUCGCAUUAUCUACUUUUUGAAGGAAAAUUGCAAUCUUAAAUACUACUUAGGCAGUAAACCCCACUGAACACAGUGGUCGAUACUUCUGAGUAAGCAUGCAUAAAUUAUUUCGAGCUCAGGGUUGGGAAUCAUACUGUCCUUGAGAUGUUGUGGGUUCAUAAUUCCCAACAUCCCUUGCCACUGGCUAUGUUGGCAGUUCCAACAACAAUCUGGACAGGUGCAGGAUUCACUCCCCUGAUCUAAAAUAAGCUAUAUAGAUAUAUAUAUUAACAUGAUCUACAUAUAAAAGAGGGAAGUUUUCAUAUGAUUGCUUGUGUCAUCACAUUCUAUAUUGCAUUCUCUUCUGUAACUCAUGUUAACUGGUCAGAGAACCUCAUUUUCCUUUACAUCAACACCAACAAAAGUGGUAAGUUCCUGGGAAAUGGGCUAUAUAUAUAUACAAUUUAAAUGUUUUUGUUGGGAAAGGAUGUCUGGAUUCCCUCCAGGUUAUGAGUAACUAUGUGUAUAAGACAUUAAAAGAAAAUAUUGUCUGGAGAAAUGUUUGGAAAAUAUAUGUUUACUGAAGGUAUCUCUAUUGUCUGUUGGACAGAUUUGUAUGGAUAUCACCUGUAGGAAAACAUAACAUUUUCCCCAUCAAACAACUCCCUUCAACAAGUCUGCUGCUAAUCCUAGGACUUGUGCCUAUACUGUUUAGUGUAAAAUUAUGGAACUGGUGAUUUCAAUACUUUGCAUAUUUUGCUGCCUUAUAUCUAAUGAAUGCUUCCCCUCUCCUUACAUCUUUUUAUUUAUUAAUUUUCAAAUGGCACUUUUAUUGCAAUCUUACGUAUGUCUUACAUUAGCAUGCCUUCUAUCCAGUAUGCAUAAAUUAAAAUGGUUGUUUUAAGAAUUUAUCACUCUAGACUAUAUUCUGGCAUAUUUCAAUGUCAAUCUGUCAUCAGCACUUUCAAACUAUCCCAAUCCUGACAACUAGAAAAACAGUGUUUUCAAGAAUGGUCGUCUGCAGACAAUUGUAUACUAGCUUAAUAAACAAAGAUAUGUAUUACCCUUUUGCCUGUAUACACAGCACCUUCUCUCCUGUUUGCGACGUUCAGCAAUUAAACCCAAAAGCUUCUGAUUAAUUGCAGUUUUCCAUUUAAUUCAAGAUGGGAAUCUAUUGUCACCAAGUCUUAAACCGGCUUCAUACGCAGAUAGGUUUGUGCAUAUCUCAGGUUAUUAAGCCAAAUACAAUGAUCUGAGCUGGGUGUUAAAUGUUUUCAUUUUGUCGUAUUCUGGUCACAGUGUCAAACUGAACAGAUCAACUUCUGUUCAUUGGCUUUUAAACCAGGGAAACACUCAACUUGCAUUGAAACAGGUUUGUGAUAUUCUUGUAUGAUAUUUGUAUAAUGGCAGUAUUGUGAGUUUGAUUUGUGAGAUUACCUUGUUUCUGAGAUCCUCCCACUUCAGGGCUAUCCCAUUAUCUGUUCCAUAUUACACAAAGGGAAAUAAUCGCACAGCUAAGGAUUACAGCAUGAUCUGCUUAUCCACCUGACUCGAUACAUUCCCCCUUGAAAGUUUCAUUGACUUCUUCAGGUUCUCCAGUAUGAUUCAAUAAUUUGAUUCCAGCCCAGGUAUAGUCAAAAUAUAAUUAUUGUCUUUGGUUUCAGGUAUACAUGGUAUGUGUGAGUCUUGGAACAUAUCCCCACAGAUACAGUGGUCAUACUGUAUAAUAAAUGGUGUUUUUUCUUCUUGUUUGUUUAUUUAAUUUCAUUUAAUACCUUACCUUUCUUCCAAUAUGUUACUUGCUAGCACACUCUGUACAGGUUGAGUUUCCCUGAUCUGAAAUGCUUGAGACCAGAAGUGUUUUGGAUUAUUGUUAUUGUUAUUAUGAUUAUUAUGAAACUCCUGUAUUUGCAUUAUACAUUCCAGAUAAGGGAUGUUCAACCUGUAUUUUAAAUCAAUUGAAUUUUAGUUUGGUUUUAUUUUAAUAAAUGAUGAAAAUGCAGACCACACAUCAAAUAUUCAUAUUCUGGGUAUAAUUCAAAAUUCUUGAAUGAAUGAUUUGUUGAAAAGCAGGUUGUUGAAAAAAUGUGUGUGUGUGGACGGGGGGGUCCUGUAUUAGGAAACAACUUUUGAUGAAUAUGCUCAGACAUGAGCUGUACUUUAUCCUCAUUUUUUUAACCUCAAAGUAAUAAAAAUUGCAGGCUGGAGAGCAUUCACUGGAAUCCACAGGAAAAGGAGAUACAGUAGAGUCUCACUUAUCCAAGCUAAAUGGGCCGGCAGAAGCUUGGAUAAGGAAAUAUCUUGGAUAAUAUGGAAGGAUUAAGGAAAAGCCUAAUAAACAUCAAAUUAGGUUAUGAUUUUACAAAUUAAGCACCAAAACAUUAUGUUUUACGACAAAUUUGACAGAAAAAGCAGUUCAAUACACAGUAAUGUUAUGUUGUAAUUACUGUAUUUAUGAAUUUAGCACCAAAAUAUCACAAUAUAUUGGAAACAUUGACUACAAAAAUGGCUUGGAUAAUCCAGAAACUUGGAUAAGCAAGGCUUGGAUAAGUGAGACUCUGCUGUAAUGCAUAUAGAUUGCAUAUUGCUUUUCGUAUUGCUCCUGAAAAAAAGCCAAUAAAAUAUAUAUAAGCUGGAAUGCAUUGGCCUUUUUCCAAAAUAAAAUAAUGUUUAUUGAGCACUUGGAGAUACGGCUCCUUUUUCCUGAGGAGUCAAAGCUUAAAGGUCAAUAACAGGUGAAGGUUCCUUUUUGGUUGUAUAGUCUUAGAAGGAACAUGACCAUAUGGGUAUAGUUGCCAUGAAGAGUGCCUACACUUCAGAAUUUCCUACAACAUCACUGAAUCCACUAGUUAUAUAGUUUGUGAAGGGAAAAAAAACUAGCAAGACCAAUCUUUAAAAUGGUAUGGACAAUUUGAAAUGCCAAAACUAGAUUUCCAGGCUUGCAGGUUUUACAAGACAUUGAAUAUAUCUCUGAUGGCUGCUGUUCAGGGGAAAAGGUUAGUGCAGAAGGUAAUUCUGAGGCUGAAAAUAAAAUUUUUAGUUUAUAUUAUGAGAUCAAGAGCUUGGAAAUACUGCUUUUGAAGGAUUGUAACUACAGUGUUCCCUCACUACUUCGCGGUUCACUUUUCGCGGAUUCGCUGUUUUGCUGUUUUUCAAUAAACUCUAAAAAACUAUUUUAAAUCAUAAAAAAAUUACAAUUUACAGCCUAAGGAAGGGAGGAAGGAGAAGCCAAAAGGAGAGAAAAGUGCUGUCAAGGGAUGAAAUGCUCAUCCUCUCCUUCUCACUGUUCCCAAGCUGUUUUCUGAUUAUUUUACAGUUUAUGGUUAUAUUUGGGGUUUUAUGAAACUAAAAAUGCAAAAUUGCUGUAAAAAAAAUAGAUAACAGCAGAAAUACAAGAAGGUGAGGAGUGGUAGGAGAUUAUGCAGAAAUUAUAAUAGUGGGAUCACACAUUGCUAAUUUGGUGCAAUUGUACGAAGGAAAAGAAUGUCUGCUGUCAAUUAUAGCAGGAAUGCGUGGAAUAGCAAAUUUGUGUGAUCCCAAAAAAUAACUGGUCCAAGUUCCCAUAAAAGCAUAAAAAAUGCUGUUAGGUUAGGCCAAGAUAAUAUAGCCAUAAGCAUCCGCCUUUGUAUUUUUCAUCCAUCAUUUUAAUAGGAAAUGAAGUUAAUCUAUAUGUAUUUAUUGGAUUUCCUUUGCAUUAUUUACUCUGAAUAUGAAUUGUCCUUUCCCCUAGUGAGGCCCAAAGCCCUUUCACCAACUGUACUCCACUAAAUGUGUCUAAUUCUCUUUAAACUGCCAUCUGAGCUAGUGUUUGCUUUUGCUACUGCUAUGUGCAGAUCCCAGGGUAGUUAACCCUGUAUGUUAGUUACAUUUUGUAAUUGGGACACACCAAGUGUGGACGUCUUGCAUCUUAUGUGUGUUUGGCCAGAAUGACUGCUGCACCAUUGGGCAUAAUCUCCCAUUUCAACUUCUAUUUUAUGCUGCAGCCCAGUGAAGCAUUUUACAAUACUUUUUACGCCUUGAUAAUUAGGUACUGCAUAUUUACCUGCAUGAAAGGGAAGGCAUUAGGAAAAUCAUUUCUUACAAGUUUUACAAGUUCAUAUUAUGUCUUCGUUAAAGUAUAAAUUUCCAAGAAUGCAAAAAUUCUAUAAAUCUAGACUAGAAUGCUCUUGCUCUUUAUUCUUUGGGGCUUUAUUGACCAGACCAUUUAACUGCUUGAAGAUAUGUGCAUUUUAUGGUGCAAUGACAUGUGUUUGCCCUAGUAAACAAAAUGGAAUGUUUAGCAUUUCAGAAUGAAUAUAAUGUAUUUUAUAGCCCCCCCCCCUUUUUUUUUCUACACCCUCCUUGAUAAUCUAAUGGAAAGGAAACACUCCAUAUUGAGAAAAUGCAGUGCAAAAAUUACCUUUACUUACUGGCGCUGUGAACAUACUCUUAUUGAAGAUUUGUGAACAUACUCUUAUUGAAGAUUUGUCAUAAGAAGUUAUGGUAAAAUGUUGGCACCGUCUUCAGUGUUACUUGAUGGUUCUGACCUUUCAGAGGCCUACACACAUGCACACAAAUUAGCCAAUGUAAACUCUGUAAUAGCUUUCAAUAUUUCCAUUCAUAAUAGGAAAGAACACAAUCAAAAGUUUCAUGCUGUUAUAUUAUGGGCAGAGAAAUCUCACCUUUCAUGCCUUCACCCAGCAUUUUCAUUUUAAAUGAAAUUAGAGUUGUGAAUGUGUAGCACUAGGUAGAGGGUAAAAAUAAGGAGAUGCCUAUAUGGAAUUCAUUUUCCAUAUAGUGACUUGAUGUAGCACAUCAUUCUAUCUCUUUGAAUAAACUAGUUUGAGUGUGGCACGGGCAACAUGUCUUGUCAAAGUGAUCUCUCUACAUUUUCUCUCCAUGGGGGACUGAAUUCAUAAAAAUAUCAGACCACAGCAAAAGGUUUACAUAUUUAGUCAAAUAGUCUAUCGAUACAGAGGCCAACUAGUUGCCUGUGAUAGAACAUAAAAUCAUAGAAUCUUAGAGUUGGAAGAGACCACAUGGGCCAUCUAGUCCAACCCCCUGUGAUGCAGGAAAAGCACAUUCAAAGUACCCCUGACAGAUGGCCAUCCAGCCUCUGUUUAAAAGCCUCCAAAGAAGGAGCCUGCAUCUGAUUCCGAGGCAGAGUCCACUGCUGAACAGCUCUUACAGUCAGGAAGUUUUUCCUAAUGUUCAGGUGGAAUCUCCUCUCCUAUAGUUUGAAUCCAUUGCUCUGAGUCCUCGGGAGUAAACCAUAUUGACCUUAAAACUUACUCCCACAUAAAUUGCAUAGGCUUAGGCUGAAAUAAGGAUUUCAUAAUUCAUUUGCAUUCAGUAAGGAUUUAAUACAAAUCCUUCUGCUGUCUCUUUUGUCCAUCAGGUAUGAGGCACUGUUUCAUAAUGUUUAAUAAAGUGUUUCCAUUUAAAGGCAUUGAUAGGUGGCUUAAAAAAAUAUCCUGCAUGAUUGCCUUAGUAGGGUACUCAGUUUAGCAAAGUGGUCAUAAGCUUAUUUCAGCCUCAUCACACCAGAGCAUGGUUUCACUUUAAAUCCAGUAUUCUGGAGUAUUCUGGGAUUUGCAGUUUAGUGAGGCCCAGGACCUGUCUGGCUGACCAGUUUAAAGGCCCCUCCCUAAACUACAAGCCCCAGAAUUCUGCAGGAGGAAGAGACUGGAUUUAAAGUGGAACCAUGCUCUAGUGUAGUGGUUCUCGAUCUGUAGGUCCCCAGAUGCUGUGGCCUUCAAGCUGGUAAACUGGCUGGGAUUUCUGGGUGUUGUAGGUCAAAACACGUGGGGACCCACAGGUUGAGAACCACUGCUCUAGUGUGAUGAGGUCCUUGGUUCCUUCUUGAUCUCCAAUGGCGAUAAUGCACUAACAUCCAAAUGGAUAAACAAUACCUAUUUUUACAUAGAUUGUUUUCCUCUACAAUUAUUUCAUUGCAAAUUGUUAGUUUCUUUUCCAACAUGUUCAGUUUAAAUAGUUCUUCUUCAAGCAUGACCACUUAAAAAUGAGAUCCAUGCAGGUUAUUAAAAUUAGAAAAAUGCACCAAAAAACCCUUUAUAGAAAUAACUGAACCUCUAUCAGUAAAGUUCCCCUCUUGAACUGAGCUUAUUUAUUUAUUGUAUCCGAAGUGAAACCAAGGGUACUGUUGUAACGUAUUUAAAAACACAAAGUUUUAAAAACUUGGCAUUAUGCUAAAUGUCCCUUGACCAGUUGCUAGCCACUUGGAAUAUCUCUGGUGUUGCUAUAAGAAGGUCUUCUAUUGUGCAUGUGGCAGGGCUCAGACUGCAUUGUAGUAGAUGGUCUGUGGUUUGUUCUUCUCCACAGUCGCACUUCGUGGGCUCCACUUUGCUACCUACUUCCUCACUAAAUAUAUUUGGCCUGUUUCUGAAUCGUGGUUUCUUAUUUAUACCAAUUAACCUUUAAUCAGUGGUUUUUGUACAAGGGAGAGUCUUACAUAAGUUUAGUGUCAUAAGAUAGGACCUUUCCCAAUAAACCAUGGUGAGAAUUAUUAGCAUAAGACCUAUUAACUAUGUUGCAUGUUGCCUACUUUUGUUGCAUGCUACUUGCCUCUUACCUCACUAUAUCAAUAAGACAUAUCUGAUCAGACAAUCUUCCAUCAUCUUACUUCUCCAUACUUAGAAAUACAGGAUGAUUCUCUUGGGAAACACUUUCUCUGUUUUUUGCUACAAAGAUUUUGGGGUAUUUUCCCACCAUAAUUUCUUGUUGGAAGAGUGUAAGAUUUGCAGCAGUCCUUAAACUCAGCUGGGUCAAAAUGUUUCUAGUAAACUUUAAAUUUUGGUGUUUUUAGUAAUUUCACUUUGAUCAUGCUGCCUCAUCCACAAUCUAUUUAACACCAGAUUACUUGAAAUAAAGCCAGGCCAUUCUUCAAUCCUCAGUCUGUUGAUCACACUCCAAAAAGACAGCCCCAAGCAAUGAAAUUGGGUUUUCUGAUCACUGAGUACAAAUAUUCUGCCACCUCUGGACUUUUGCUUGUCCAGAGUCCUUGGUCAGAGUUUCCAUGGAUCAAUCCCACUGGUUAAGAGUAGAGAUGUUUACAGUACAAAUCUUCAAAUGUAUGUCCCACUCAGUUCAAUGGGAUGCAUUCCUUACGUAAGUGUAUUGCUAACAGAACAGCUCAAAGUAAUUCAAAUGCCAUUACUUCUUAACAACGUUAUAGAUUGGGCUAUUAAAAGCAAAUGGUUUAUAUUAUUUGUUAAACUGUAGUUUAAUUAUGAGUCAUAUGUCAACUACUAACGUAAUCCUUUGUUUGUGGAUUUUUUUUACUUGAUGAAAUACAUCUAUUUUUUUGUAAAAGGGCAUUUGCCGUGACAGCACUCAUCAAAUAUUUCCAUAUUGUAUUCUAUAUACUGAGAACUUAAUUAAAAGUUGGAAGUCUAUCUUAACAAGAGCAAGGUAGUUUGAAUACACACCAAAAUCCCCCUAACUUGCCAUUCAAGGCCAUAUUUUAAAACAUUAAAACCGACCCAAAUAACUUACAAUAUUCCAGAGGUUAUAAUAUGACAACAAAGCUUCUAAAAUUAAAACGUGUUUUAACAGAUUUAUUAAAAGCAGCAUAAAUGAAUGUGGGCUGAGGUAACAUUGAAGGGAGUACAUGCCCAUGAUUCUAAUACAGUGGUUCUCAACCUGUGAGUCCCCAGAUGUUUUGGCUUUCAACUCCCAGAAACAGCUUGUAAACUGGCUGGGAUUUCUGAGAGUUGUAGGCCAAAACACCUGAGGACCCAUAGGUUGAGAACCACUGAUCUAAUAAGAGAAAUCUCCCUGUCAGCCUUCUGCAGGUAAUAUUUUGUUCCAGUAAAUCGGGGUGAUCAGGCAUAUUCAUAAUCUGAAUGUCUUCGACAACAAUACCCUAAACCAUUUGUGGCCUUGGACUGAAAUUAGGGUAGGUCUUUAUGUAGUGGAGAAACAUGUUGCCAGUACUAUGUUGCCAGUAAUAAGCCUAGCUACUGAAUUUUGCAACAAAGGAAGCUUUUGGGUGCUCUCAAAUAUAGGUCAACAUAGAGGGCAUGCCAAUAGAUAAGUCAUGGUAGCAUAGCUGGCCCACUAAACAUCAUUGUACAAAUAUCCACCACCAACACCAGUCUCGGGAUCAUACAGGGUCAAAUAGCGAUCUCAACACUUGCUCUUUUGAGAGAGUACAAACACUUUCUGAACAAGAUGAAUCCCAAUUCCCUUGUCAGCACUUCCAUCUUUUUUAGUUUCCCUCUGACAUUAAGUUCUAGUCAUGUCUGACCCUGGGGAUUGGUGUUCAUCUCCAUUUCUAAGCCGAAGAGACGGUGUUGUCUGUAAACCCCUCCUAGGUCAUGUGGCCGGCAUGACUAUAUGGAGCGCUGUUACCUUCCCACCAGAGUGGUACCUAUUCAUCUACUCAGAUUUGUAUGUUUUCGAACUGCUAGGUUGCCAGAAGGUGGGGCUAACAGCGGGAGCUCACCCCACUCCCUGGAUUCGAACCGCUGACCUUUUGGUCAGCAAGUUCAGCAGCUCAGCAAUUUAACCUGCUGUGCCACCUCCACCUGAUGUCCACUUCCAUCUUAAGAGGAUUUAAUUUCAGCAGCCCUUAUCCAAGCAACUAUUCAAUAGUAACCUACACAGUAUCAGAUUUUCCUAAAAUAAUAUAAUUUAUUAUCACAAGAAAAGCUUCUAUUUUAAGAGCAAAAAAUGAAGAAAAAUUAACUCGGGGUGAUGUUCUUGGUCCAAUAUAGCAUGUGAAAAAAUGGUUAUAGAAAAUACCUGAAUGAAUGAAUUUGAGCAAAGGGCUGUAAUCUCUGUUUAGAAUGAAAUAUAUGUAGUUAGGAAUAACUAAGGCACUAUUUUUUCCAAUUUGUGAAAUAUUUUCAGAUAACUGGUAUUGAAAAAAAAAAGUCCUCUCUACAUCUGUUCCUUUGAUCCAAAGGAAUUAUUUUAGAUGAUGUGAAGGAGGGAAGAGAAAGCUUAUUCAGAUGAAUUUGUAAUUAUUUAUGCAAUGCAUUUAUUACCUACUGUUUUGGAAACUGUAGUGAAGGGGAUUAUUACCAUGAAAAUGAUUUGCAUUAAAUUAGUUGUAAUAGAUGUGCCUUUUUAUUAAAGCACAUGUUCAACUAGAAAUUCCUAACAAUGGGUUUCCUGGUAGCAAUGUUUGGGGGCUGGAUCGAGGAAUAUUCUGCCCCCUGCUGAAGUUUUGCUGCUGAAAAUGGUUCCAUUGAAACUAUGUUUUGAGUUAAUGUUACACCCAAUUGGAAAUAGUUUUAGGCGCUGUCCCUAAGAGAUUUCCAAAGUAUGUAUUACAUGCCUUAUUCAACACUUGCUGAAAGCUAUUUUUACAAACAGCAAUCUAUUGCCAAAAUAGCCCUUUGUUAUUUAUUGUAUUCUGCAUCAGCACUUGAAAAAAUCAAAUCGCAGCAAAAUGCAAGAUUGUAUAGUACAAAAUAGAAAAAUAUAUAUUUUGCCAAUAAUAUGAAACAGAGCAAGAGAAAAGCACAUUUGCAAUAGCACAACAUUGCAAUCUGAUUGUUUGAUUUGGCAUUAUUUGAAAAACGUUACUAUAAUCAUAUCAGGAAUGCUGCAUUUUCCAUUACAUUAACUUGCUGCAUAAGACUUCUUCAGCAACUCAUUUCAGAACUGUGUAAUUUGUACCUGAAACUUGAUUUGCCAUGAAAGUGUUUUUCAUGAACUCUGUGCAAGUUAAUUUGUUGAACAUGAAUGAGCUUGAUAUACGUUCUCUUUCUUACUUACUUCUCCCCAGUUUGUACAGAAUUUCCAAGUACAAAGGGAACUCUCCAGUUGUACUUGUUACCUUGGUACAAAGAAUAUGCUCGGAGUCCAUCUAUGUCUCAAAGUUGGGCAUUUUCAGUAAAACAACUAAAGGGAUUAUCACACUGCUAUAAAAACAGUUUCACUUUUGAAAGUGUAACGAUUGCUGAAUGUUUCGGACUUGGAGAAAAUUCCACGUAAAAACACUGGCUGCAAACAGCUCAGUCCUCAAAUAUAGGGCCAACUUUGGGAUGAGAACAUUGUUGUGGUCCAUAGUACAGACAGAUGUGGACUAUGAGUGUUCACGCAGGGUAGACAACCCAGCGCCCUCCAGUGGUUUCAAUAGCACUCUGGGUGCAUUUACACUGAAGAAUUAAUGCAGUUUGACACCACUUUAGCUGCCAUGGCUAUGGAAUCAUGGAAGUUGUUGUUUUACAAGGUCUUUAGUCAUCUCUGCCAAAAAAGUGCUCGUGCCUCACCAAACUACCACUUGCAGGAUUCCAUAGCAUUCAUCCACAGCAGUUAAAUUGACAUCAAACUGUAUUUAUUCUAUAGUGUAGAUGCAAACUAUGAAAACCUUAAGAUACUUCAGCCAAUGCUCAUGGCCGAUUAAAAUAGUAGACUAUCGACAACACAGUAGACUACCAGUUUGCCUGCCACUAUUGGAAUUGGAUCUGAAACUGUGCCUGGACUGCUGGUCACAUACCUGAAGCAUCUGAAAUGGGAAUCUGUUGUUGCAGAAUAAUGUGAUAUGAAUAAUCCAGUAUACAAAUCAUAAGCUCCACAAAUUAGUCUGUUACCAGAUAGCCCCAAGUUUAUUUCCAACAUACUUCCAUGGACAUGGGACUCUCCCGUCAGCAAGACCCAUUUUGGGCAUGAUUGCCUUUGCAAAACCAAAACAAUGGAUGUUUUCUAUUUAGUCUUUUUUUCAUUUUUGCUGAUUUGCCCCCUUCCUCUUUUUACUUCUAUAGAUACCGUAUGUGUAGCAUUCUACAGGCAUGCUGGGUAAAAAAAAUAUACUAUGCAAAUGUGUACAGUGUUGCAUGUUUUGCUAUCUCUCUGCUUUUAGUGGCUUUCAAGGAAAACAAAAGUGUUGUUAUUUUUGUGAGCCCAAAACAUCUAACAGAAGAAAAUGCAGACUGCAUGCUUACAGUAUCCUGAUUUCUAUGGAUUUGUUUUAUGGAAUUUAGAUGUAUUAAAACUGCAUUACCAACAAUUUUUAUACAAUAAAUGAAACAAAAAUUA